GUGUGUGUGUGUGUGAGGAAGAGAGAGAGAGUCAAUACUCUGAUUGAGUGGGUGGGCAAGGGGGUGUUGGCAGGUUUAUAAGAGCUUGUGAAUCGUAAAAAACAUCCAGAGAUUCAGACUGCACCUCCACAAACACCUUCAGCUCUUCAGACAGAUCUUCAGCAGUCAUGCAUUUUUCUCUUCACUGUGUGUUACUGUGUGUUUCUCUCACACUCUGUGUUUGCUACGAUUCUCAGGAGAGUCUUGAGUCAUUUGAGGAUGUGUUUGUCAAUCGAUAUCGAGCAAAUGCGUUCAUGAACCGCCCACGAGAGGGCAGAUAUAACCAGUAUCACUACAGAAUAAAGUCUCCGGCUGAGAGGAAGGCCGAGAUCUGUGAAGAUUUCUCACCCUGCCGUCUGUUCGCUCACCAUUACGGUUUCCCACUCGCCUAUCAGAAAUAUUUUGGUGGUCUGCAGCUGAACCCGAACAGACCUCAAAAUAACUUUAACCUCAGGAGAUACUAAGACCCGCCUUCUUAUUUAUGUUUAACCCAUUUAUUUAACUAAUCACAUACAUAUAAAUGAAACUCACCCCCUUUACAACAUAAAGUAUAUUCUCCUCUGUGUCACUGCCAUGUUGCUAACAUUCACUCGCUGAUUUAUGAAGGGCCAGUUAGCCCAGAUAUUUACAUAUUACUGACAUUUGCUUUCAUUUACAUAUUAUUAACAAUGAACAAUUAUUCAAAGCACAGUCUGUAUUUCUGUAUUUCUUCUACAAGUUUGUGGUUGGAAAAGAAAGAGUUGUCAGAAUAAUGUUAAAUACUGUAUAUAUAUAUAUAUAUAUAUAUAUAUAUAUAUAUAUAUAUAUAUAAAUAUUUCACAUGCAAAAAAAUCAAUUGAUAUGUGUUCAUGGUCAAACAGAUGUUUUGAAAUGUCUUUCUUUAUCUCUGUAGUGGUUUCAAAAUUAAACUACUGCAAACCUCAACUCA